AUGGGUGACUUUGGAGAGACGAUCAACACCACCACCAUCGCUGAUGAGACCGACGUUCUCAUCGUUGGCGCAGGCCCUUCGGGUACUUCGCUGGGGUCCUUCUUGGGCCUUCAAGAGUGCCUUCGCGAGAUCGGCCUUGAGGAGAAGGCUAGGGCUAUCUCCUAUCCCGUACCUGAAUACUCCACAUGGACGCGUCUCGUCGAGACUAUGACGGGAGAGGAGGUGUACAGGGCACAUGUUUUUGGCAACAGCCCUCACCGGAAGGGUGAAUACUACGAUGCCAGUCCAUCAGAGGCCCUUUGCCUCUGCCAGACAGAUCUCGAACCCCUCCUCAUCGAGUACGCCGAAUCACAUGGCUUCAAGAUCCGUUGGAACACACGCCUCGUCAGUUUCGAGCAAGAUCUCGAAAAGAACAUCGUCAUCAGCACGCUGGAAAACACAGCAACGGGCGAGACCUACAAGGUCCAAUCCAAGCAGCUCGCCGGCGCCGACGGUGCCGACAGUACCGUAGUGAAGCAACUCGACCUCCCCCUCGUGCGAGGCCCCGGAAACGGUUUCGUAACCAGCGUCUGGUUGGACGCAGACCUAACUCACCUGACCGACCACAACCGCGCGCUCCUCAACUACCUCCAGCGCCCCGACAAGCCGCAGCCUGAAUACGGCAUGAUGGGCAUCGCGCACUUCAUCCGGCCCUGGAAAGACUGGGACAUAUCCCUCUUCCCGCACCCGACAUACAAGAAGCUCACAGCCACCAACGAGCAAGUCAUCGAGCGCGUCAAGGAACUCGUCAACGACGACACUGUCGAGUACAAGAUCAAAGACGUUAGUGUGUGGAACUUUGAAGAAGUCCACGCUGAACACUACUCCGUUGGUAACGUGCACGGCGUAGGAACAGCUGUGCACCGUCACCCUCCUUUCGGCGGCUUGGGCAUAAGCACCUGCCUGGAGGAUUCCUACAACCUAGCCUGGAAAAUGGCGGCGGUUCUCAAGGGCAAAGCUUCAAAGUCCUUGCUUGAUACUUACAACGCUGAACGCCAGCCCGCCGGCGAAUUUGUCGUCAAGCGCACAAACGAGAACGGACGCCUAAACUUCCGCCUCUACGGCAUGCUGGGCUACUUCGGCCCCCUAGGCACCGACAUACGUGCGGAAAAGCGUGCGUUGCUGCGAGAAGACAGCGAGGCUGGAGAGGCUUUCCGCCAGCAAUUCCGCAACGCGAUACGCGACCUAGCAGACGAGCACCACGGCCUCGGCGCUAUGAUGAACCAAUGGUACAAAUCCACCGCCGUCUACACAGCCGAUGAAACAGAGGCCCCAUACUGGCCUGAAGACUUCACCGACCGCUCUGUCAAGUUGUACACCAGCACAUACCCUGGCUGGCGCGUUCCCCACGCUUGGCUCACACCGCGCCAGGAAACGCCCGGUCCGCGUCUGCCUCUUGUUUCCACCCGUGAUGUCUGCGGCAAAGGUCGCUUCACGCUCUUGACUGGUAUCGGUGGUAAGGCUUUAUGGGCGGGUGCUGCGGAGCACGUGUCCAAGACCACUGGUAUUGAGAUUCAUGUGGCGAGCAUUGGGUUUGGUCAGGAUUACGGUGAUACCGAACAUCGCUGGUUCAAGGUUAGGGAGGUGGGCGAGAAGGGUGCGGUGUUGGUGAGGCCGGAUCGUACGGUCGCGUGGCGUGCGAUGAAGCCUAUGGGUGACGAGGCGUUUACGACGGCGAAGUUGCAGUUGGUUAUGAAUAGUAUUUUGGGGUUGGAGAAGAAGAUGGCGAUUAGGGAGUAG